AUGACUGACGAAAUCUCAUCACGGAGUCAUCAGGGUCGUAGGACGGUGAGCCGAGGUCUACUUCGCACAAUGCAACGGGCAAAAGUCCAAGCCAACCCUCCUUCUGUAUCCGGUGCGGCCAAUCUACGAAUCCCUUGCACCCACCUUCUCAAACGAAAUGAAAAGUAUGCCAGUAUCUAA